AUGGAAGCGCCACAUAAACGACAACGCGCCAACACCAACGGUGAUUCGAUCGCGCAGCCCACGUUCACCGACCUUAUCGCCGACUAUUACGCCAAAGCUGAUCUCCAGUAUUGCAUCGAACUGCUGCUGUAUGCAGACGACGAUGGCGAGCUCACCAAGCAAAUACUUCUCAAGGCAGCUCUAGCUACACCAGAGAUCGCCGCAACCCUGCGCAAUCACAAAGAGGAAUACAUUGAGCGAGAGCGUCACAAGGUCAUCAGUUUCAGCAGUCACGCCGAUAAAGUGAUUAUUCAAUCGAAGAGCGUUACAUGGAUCUGA